AUGGGUCGCAAGGGCAGUUCCAGUACUUCGAACGCGCUUACGGUGCAGGUUGAUGCCGAAGGAAAAGUGAAGUACGACGCGAUCGCGCGCCGCGGUCAUGGCGAGGACCGCAUCGUCCAUGCGUCGUUUAAGGAUCUCAUCCCGCUCCGCCAGCGGGUAGAUAUGGGGGAGGUGUCUUUGGACCGGCCGUCGGAGGAAGAAGUCGCUGCACAGAUGGAAAAGACGAAGAAUGCAUUGGCAAACCUAGUGGAGGGUGCUGUGGCAGCGCAGAAACCAAAGAACGUCAAGGGUGGACGACGUGCUGAGCCGACCUUUGUGCGUUACACGCCCGCCAACCAGAUGGGCGAUACUACCCGCAAGAAUGACCGCAUUAUGAAGAUCGUCGAGCGCCAGCAAGAUCCCAUGGAGCCACCAAAAUUCAAACACAAGAAGAUCCCUCGCGGCCCGCCAUCGCCGCCGCCGCCCAUUAUGCAUUCGCCGCCACGGAAACUCACCGCCGAGGACCAGGAGGCUUGGAAGAUUCCCCCGCCUGUCUCCAACUGGAAGAAUCCGAAGGGUUAUACUGUGCCGUUGGAUAAGCGACUGGCAGCCGAUGGUCGCGGACUGCAGGACGUCACGAUCAAUGAUAAGUUUGCUCAGUUCGCCGAGGCUCUGUUCACCGCGGAUCGUCACGCACGCGAGGAAGUCCGACUCCGCGCGCAAAUGCAGCAGAAGCUGGCCGAGAAAGAGAAGGCACAAAAGGAGGAACACCUCCGGCAGCUGGCCCAGAAGGCGCGCGAGGAGCGCAUGGCGGGCAGCAGUCGCCGUAUGUCACGCUCCGUGUCUCGGUCCCGGUCCCGGUCUCGCAGCGUUAGCCGCAGCCCAUACUCGUCCCGUUCGGGCACGCCCAGUGAAGAUGAGCAGGCCGCACGGGAGCGGGAGCGCAUGCGUCGCGAGCGCCGCCAGGAGAAUGAGCGUCAACUCCGUCAGUCUCGCAUGGGGACGGAGCGUCGUAUCAAGACCAUGGCCCGCGAGCAGAACCGUGAUAUUUCCGAGAAGGUCGCGCUCGGCCUGGCUAAGCCAACCCAAUCGUCUGAGUCAAUGUGGGACUCCCGUCUGUUUAACCAGACAAGUGGACUGGACACUGGAUUUAAUGAAGAUAACCCCUACGAUAAGCCGCUGUUUGCCGCGCAGGACGCCAUCAACAGCAUUUACCGUCCCCGGGCGCAAAUCGACGAUGACGACGAAGGCGGUGCCGAGGGUGAAAUGAGCAAGAUUCAAAAGUCUAGUCGAUUCGAAGUUUUGGGCAAAGCUAAGGAAGGAUUCCGGGGAGCUGCAGAUGCUGAGGCUCGUGACGGUCCAGUCCAGUUCGAAAAAGACACAACCGAUCCGUUUGGCAUCGAUAGUAUGAUUGCUGAUGUCACCGGCGGUGCAGGACAAAAGCGCUAUGGUAUUCAGGAAGCUGAACGCGACGAGCGCGGGUCGAAACGCGCGAGAGUAGAUGAUGAUUAG